CAAAAACUCUGCGUGGAGAUUGAUGAGUAACCUAUACAAGUUAGCGUCACUUCCGGUUAGCUGUCAAAAAAGGAAAGAAAAGUCUAAAAUAAAUAGUGUUACAAAAAUCUUAAAUAAUCGUCAAAAAUGACAUCUGUCCCGGCAAAGAUUGUGCUUAAAAGCACCACAAAGUGCACUCUGAGUGAUAGAUUUACACAGAUACAGAAGAUGCGUCCAGCGCCAGCUUCGCCUCAGGAAGUUCGGGUUCAGAUGGCAGCAUCACAGCAAUCAUCACAGCAAAAUCGGCGACUUGCACAGCAGAUGGCUAACAGACCAGCUGUGCAGGCAGCACUUGGGCAAAGAAUGCCAAAACAACCAAUGCAACAGACAAGAUCCCUAAAACAAAGACUUGGUCCUUCAAAUGUGAAAGCUCGGUUGUCAAUGGACACGCCGACAUUCCGAGGUCGAGGGAGAGGAGGCAGACGUGGCGGUGGUUUUAGAGGUCGGGGUCAGCAGAAUGGAUACAUGUCUGGAGGUAUGCCUUACAGAGGUGAUUACCGUGGUGGUUACAGAGGUCAAAAUUUCUCCAUUCGUGGAAGAGGUGGUUUCUCUCCCAGGUGGCUUGAUGACCGUCGUCCACGUGGUCGUGGUGGGUUUGGUAGUCGAGGAGACGCCUCAUUCCGAGGAGGUUAUCGUGGUUUCCGCGGACAGAGAGGAGGCAACAGGGGCUUCAUACGGGGCCAGCGGGGAGCUCCUAGGGGCAGAGGUCGCGGGCGGGGUCAGAGGGGCGGGGCCAACCAGGGGCUGUCGAGGGAGCAGCUAGAUAACCAGCUGGAGGAGUACAUGUCCAAGACCAAGUCCCACCUGGAUCAGGAGCUUGAUCAGUACAUGGCUGAGGCUACCUCCUGAAAGGGCUGCUGGGGACACCAAGGGAAGAUGGCCAAGUGAUCUUAUUAGUGAGCCUUGAAAAGACGGACACAAUGAAUGGCAUCAUUUAAUGUACUAUAUAGUUGAUCCAAAUAUCUAUCGAUUAACAUGUUGGGCAAUAGAUACCUGAUUGUUGUGUCAUUUUGGUUGAUAAAGUGAUAUUCAAAAACACAGACUUCAGUUUCUGAACAAGGCUUGAUAUAUUUUUUUGCUUUGGUUUUCUUCCAAUUUGAAUAUUUAUGUUUUGAAGUGGACAAAAACUAACUUUCCAUAAAUCAUAUUCUGUGUUUUAAAUGUUUUGUGGACAGUUAUGUUUAAUACAGUGUUGAUUUGUUUGUCUCUUUACCUGCAAUCGAUAUUGAUUCUGAUGAACACCCAAUCCUGAAAGCUGGAUGAAAAAUAAUUCUUGUAAAUAUCAUAGAGUAGUUGUAUUUAUUAUGACUAAGUGUAUUUUAAACCAUUUUUGUAUUAUAUUCAUCACUUUAGCACACAUUGACCUUCUGGUGUAGUUCUUAUUUUAUGUAUUGGAUAGUUAUGUUUUUAUAUGAAAGUACCUUAAAUUGAGAAUAUUCAUGUCACUCACAUGUGACACUUGAUCAUUAAUGUGUUGAAUGACAUGUAAAAAUAUACAGUUUUAUGUAUGUUUGUAUUUGUUCUGUGAAGUGUUGUUUCUCAUACAAGAAUGCUUGCAUAAUAAUACCUGUUCAGAAAUAAUAGACAAUGAUUGUUAACAUAGAUUACAAAGGUUAUUGUGCACAUUAUUGUCUAGUUAUAUUAAUAUCACCAAUACCACUAUUCAGGAAGUAAGGUGCUGAAUAAAUGUAUACCAUGAGUGAAGAAAUAAAAGGAGGAAGGAAAUUA